GGGCAAAAGUCAGAUUGCGUCCUGCGAAUAGUGCGAAUAGAUUCUGACAUGUGUUAUUAUAACCUCUCUAAAAUAUUUAAAAAUAAUGGAUCUGCAAGUAAGUUUUCGAGCCGGGGGUUCUUUUGUUGAGCUCCCGCCACAAUUUUCUGCUGAUUCAGGGAAUAUUUACGUAGCAUGGAAAAAUCACAUUUUGGGUUAUAAUUCAAAGACGGGGGCACAGUUUGCUCAAUUCAAAGGUAUCAAAGACCGAAUUGUCGGCUUUGGGGUACACAAUCUCGAUUCAUAUGAAUGUGUAACUGCGUGUUCAUCAUCAGGUGAAGUCAUUACUUGGAAAGUUGUAACUUUUUUCAAAUUGCUGAACAAGAAACUUGAGCAAAAUGUGGUUACUUUUCAUAUUGUGCCAUCGGAGACAAAUGAACUUAAGGCGCUCAUUUCUCAAAGAGAGAAAAAUGUUAUUUCAUUUUGUCUUUUUGAUUUGAUGAAGGAUACAAAGACGUCGUGUGGUUUAACCCUAAACCUGCACCCUUACCACGUUGACAUUUGUUCUAAUGAGUAUUUUGCUGUUGUGCAAAAAAGCUCUUUAAAUGUUGUUCCAUUUAAAGACUCUUUGAGAACCUACACAUUUUGUGUUGACAAGCCCAGGGAGUUUACAUGCUUAGCAUGUCAUCCGCAAAAUCAAGUUAUUUUAACUGGUGACAACACUGGGAGAGUUGUAAUGUGGCAAAGGAUUUUGUCUACAAAACCAACAAAAGCCGUUUUUCAUUGGCACACACUUCCAGUUAAAUGUAUCGGUUUUUCUGCCACCGGAACGUGCUUUUACAGUGGAGGAGAUGAGUCUGUUUUGGUGAAAUGGCAACUUGACAACCACUUUGAGAAAAAAUUCUUACCCAGAUUACCUUCAACCAUAGCCCAAAUUUCAGUCUCACCUAACAAUACUUUUGUUGCCAUUUCCACUGAUGAUAAUGCCGUUAGAAUUGUUGACUCUCGCUUAGAUAGUGUCAGUUUGAUUCAACAUUUGGUCAUUGGGAAUAGUUUAGAGAGUGGAAUUGUGGUUGAUCCCAAAAGUAAGGCUCUUAUCAUGAAUGGUAACAUUGGCCAAAUCCAGUUUUAUUCCCCAUAUGAUAAUAGUCUUUUGUAUAACGUGGAUGUUGUGGGCCAAAACAAAGUAAGUAACGAAAGAAGUUGUAACAUAGAAAAUACAGAAGUGUCAAAAAUCGCCAUCAAUAAAAAUAGUUCAUGGAUGGCAACGGUAGAAAGUCGGAAAGAUCCCGAGUAUUCGCCUGAAUUGAGGCUGAAAUUCUGGAAUUUUGACCCAAAUAUUCAAAAUUUCAAAUUAAACACUUGUGUUGAGGAUCCACAUUUGAAUCAUGUAAAUGCUAUUGGUUUCCAGCCUACUGAUAAUUUGGACGAAUUAAAGCUUGUGACUGUAGGUGGUGAUAAGAAAUUUAAAGUGUGGUAUUUGACAGAAACGGAAACUGUAAACAGUAAAAGCCUAAUUUGGAGGUGUCUUUGUGUCGGUUUUUACCACGAUCUUAAUUGCAAAAGUCUUUCUUUUUCAAUUGAUGGAUCUUUAGUUGCAGUCAAUUUUAAUAAUAUUGUCACGACUUGGCAGCCAGAUUCUUGCAAUUUGAAAUGUGCUCUAGUCCAUUCUGCUCAUAAGGAAGAAAUAAAUCAAAUUGAAUUCGGCAACAGUAAUCAGUGUCACCUUAUUGUAGCUGCCAGUAAUGGAAGAUUGAGUGUGUGGAAUUUAUUGACAUUAACUAUGGUCUGGACUGUACCUGUAAACGUAUCUAUUUUAAUUGCAGAUAGAGUUACCACAAAUAUGGCAAUAAUUACGAAAGAUAAUAGGAUUUACGUUUUUACGCCCAUGUCACCAGAACCAGUGUUUUCAAGUGAUAAGCUCUUAAAAAAGUGCAAUUGCAUUAGUGCUGCCGUUUUUGUACCAAGCAAAUACAGUAAUGAUGUUAAGUUAAGGUGGUAUCAAAGGUCACCCAUAUUUUUUAUUGAUUCAAAAAGGCAACUGUUUUGUGUGGGUAGUGAAAUGGAGAGCGCUGAAACCCCAACAGAAGUUGACGAAAUUAGCAAUUCAUUAUUCAGUAUGACCAUUCCACAAUCUCAAGUCGAUAAAAGUAAAUCAAAAGAGCCGAUUCAACAUUUGUAUCAGAGGGAUAUAGGACAAAAAAAUUUGAAAAAGUAUUUGGAGGCGCCAAUACAGACAAUGAUUCCUAUAAGAGUAAUGUGUGGUUCAUUAUUGAGGUCCAUGAUUGUUCAAAAACAAAGUAAUUGAAAUGCCAAUUUCACAUGUAUUACUGGUUGCCGAAAUCAGAAGUUUCAAAUUGUUAUUGAAGAGUUACUUUGAAAGAGGAUAUCAUUUGCCUUAUCUUUGUUAUUUUUCAAUAAUGUUCGUAACAUACAUUUCGCAAAUAAAUUUUAUCUUACGUAA